AUGGCAGCGCCCAUUGGUGAAAUUCAUGUGAAGCUUGAAUUCAGCGGUGGAGCAGAGUUAUUGUUUGGCAAGAUAAAGCAUCAUGAAGCUGUUCUAAACUGCAGUGAUAAAAAGUGUACAAUCAAAACGUUGCUUGUUUGGAUUAAAGAUAAUCUUCUGAAGGAGAGACCUGAAUUAUUCAUCCAAGGAGAUACAGUGAGGCCUGGUAUUUUGGUGCUUGUGAAUGAUGCUGAUUGGGAGUUAAUGGGUGAAUUAGAUUACGAGAUACAAAACAACGACAAAAUUAUCUUCAUAUCGACGCUUCAUGGUGGAUGAGCUGCUUUUGAAAGAUUGACUUCAGAAGAUUAACAUUUGAAAGUACAAUAUUCAGAACAAGAUGGCAUCUGGUGAUGCUCAGCAGGCUCCUCAAAAGGAUGCAGCCCGCCCUCACAAGUCGCCCAAGCCGAAGAUCAACCCCUCCACGGCGAACAUCCGCAAGCGUCAGCCCCGCAGGCUGCCCAAGCGCAAGAACGACAUCUACGUGACGCGCAAGUCCAACUUCGCCAGCCAGAUGGAGCAGUGUGAGAAACUCUUUGAUGGGGGAGAGAAAGAGGUGUGUAUCCACAGUCUUGGUGCGGCCAUCAACAGAGCCUUGAACAUUGCUUUGCAGCUGGAGUCCCGAAGCCUUGGGACGCUCCAGGUGGCCAUCAGCACUUCCACCGUCGAUCUAGUGGAUGACAUUGAACCGCUGUGCGAUGAAGGGGACUUUGAUACGAGGGAGAGAAGCAACUCUGCUGUUCAUAUCAGAGUGUUUAGGACUGAGAGCAAGAAAGAGGAGGUGCCAAAUAAGUGAUGUUGAUGUUGACUUGUAUCCGUGGCAACAGUCAUAUCUCUGAAGGACACAAACAUUUUGUGAGAAGUUGGAUAAUAAUGUAAUCUAGUCUCUUCAAUUGUGUUAAAGUUAGAUUUAUAGCAGUAUUAAUUGACCCUUCCUUUGGUUUCCAAUUGUUGAAGCCUAUAUGCAGGACAAAUGAAGUGAUAAAUUGAUCUAUUUAAAAAUAUGAUUACGGUAAGAAGAGAAAUACAUUUCUAAAUUAUUUCUCAAAAAAAUGUAUGACAAACUAGAAAAACUGUAGAAUACCUACAUAGUGAUUAUUUAUGAUUUAAUGAUAAAUGAAUGAUGUCAUUUUUGCCACACAGCGAUUUUUAUACAAGAUUGAUAUGUGUAGGGGUGGCAGGGUUCUCACCAGUAUAUAGAAUACACUAGAUGCUUAUCCAUCUCUGGGAUGGAGGCAUGCAGCCAAGUAUAUAACAAGUUUUAAGUCAUGAUACCAGUAGGUGAAAUAAAUCCAUGCACACUUUUUACCUGUCAAUGUGCUAUGAUCAUUCCAAAUCUUUUUCCUCUAGAUGAUGUAAAGCCAGUUCACUUAAUGCUCCUCUGCACUAGUUUAACCAGGAGGGAUUAGACCUCCCUGCAUGGUCACUGACAGGUGGUUAUCUCAUCAAAUCAGCUCUCAAUUAAUAACUUCAGAAAAAGGGGACCAUGGGAGACCAAUGGUCACUUAUUAGGUAUUAUUUUCUAUUGUUGAUUUUUAUUUGCUAUUAAAAACCAAUUCUUUUUCAUGCAUUU